GGGGCGAUCGCGGCCGCCGCUGCUGCCGCCGCCGCCGCAGGCACGGGCGCGGGUAGCGGAGCCAUGGCCGAGGGCGAGGACCUGCAGACCUUCACCUCCAUCAUGGACGCGCUCGUCCGCAUCAGCACCAGCAUGAAGAACAUGGAGCGGGAGCUGGUGUGCCCGGUGUGCAAGGAGAUGUACAAGCAGCCGCUGGCACUGCCCUGUACCCACAACGUGUGCCACGUGUGUGCCAGCGAGGUGCUGCUGCAGCACGGCCACCUGUACUGCGACCCCACCUCCGAGCCCACCUCGCCUGCAGCCACCCCGUCCACCCGCAGCCCCCGCCUGGGCCGCAGGGCUGUCCCCAAACCCGACCGGCUGGACCGCCUCCUCAAGUCAGGUUUUGGCACCUACCCGGGGCGCAAGCGGGGUGCCGUGCACCCCCAGACCGUCAGCUUCCCGUGCCCUGCCUGCCAGCGGGACGUGGACCUGGGCGAGCGGGGCCUGGGCAGCCUCUUCCGCAACCUGACGCUGGAGCGGGUGGUGGAGCGCUACCGGCAGACCAUCAACAUCAGCGCGGCCAUCAUGUGCCAGUUCUGCAAGCCCCCGCAGCUGGAGGCCACCAAGGGCUGCACGGAGUGCAAGUCCAGCUUCUGCAAUGAGUGCUUCAAGCUCUACCACCCCUGGGGCACGCAGAAAGCCCAGCAUGAGCCCACGCCCCCCACCCUCACCUUCCGCCCCAAGGGGCUGAUGUGCCCGGAGCACAAGGAGGAGGUGACUCACUACUGCAAGACCUGCCAGCGGCUGGUGUGCCAGCUCUGCCGCGUGCGCCGCACCCACACCAGCCACAAGAUCACCCCGGUGCUCAGCGCCUACCAGGCCCUCAGGGAGAAGCUGACAAAGAGCCUCGCCUACAUCCUGAGCAGCCAGGACACGGUGCAGACCCAGAUUGCUGAGCUGGAGGAGACAGUGAAGCACACGGAGGUAAAUGGCUCACAGGCCAAGGAAGAGGUGUCCCAGCUGAUCCAGGGGCUCUGUGCCAUGCUGGAGGAGAAGCGGGCCACGCUGCUGCAGGCCAUCGAGGAGUGCCAGCAGGAGCGGCUGGCCAGCCUGCACGGCCAGAUCCGGGAGCACCAGGCCAUGCUGGAGAACUCGGGCAUGGUGGGCUAUGCCCAGGAGGUGCUGAAGGAGACCGACCACCCCUGCUUUGUCCAGGCUGCCAAGCAGCUGCACAACAGGAUCCUCAGGGCCACCGAUUCGCUGCAGAGCUUCCGUCCUGCGGCCAACGCCUCCUUCAGCCACUUCCAGCUGGAUGUCAGCAGGGAGCUGAAGCUGCUCACUGACCUGGCCUUCAUCCGAGCGCCCGAGGCCCCCGUCAUCGACACGCAGCGCACCUACACCUACGACCAGAUCUUCCUGUGCUGGCGGCUGCCGCAGCACUCGCCGCCCGCCUGGCACUACACCGUGGAGUUCCGCAAGACCGACGCCAAGGCCAAGGGGCUGAAGCUGUGGCAGCGGCGGGAGGAGGUGAGGGGCACCUGCGCCCUCGUCGAGUACCUGGACACCGACAGCGUCUACGUGCUCCGGGUGAAGGGCUACAACAAGGCGGGCUUCGGCGACUACAGCGAGGACAUCUACCUGCACACGCCGCCCGCCCCAGUCCUCAACUUCUUCCUGGACAACCGCUGGGGCUUCAACCGGGACCGGCUGGCCAUCAGCAAGGACCAGCGCGCGGUGCGCAGCGUCCCCGGCAUCCCCAUGCUCUUCGCCGCCGAGCGCCUGAUGACCAGCUGCCACCUGUCCAUCGACCUGGUCAUCGGCGACGUGGCCAUCACCCAGGGCAAGAGCUACUGGGCCUGCUGCGUGGACCCCAGCUCCUACCUGGUCAAGGUGGGCGUGGGGCUGGAGAGCAAACUGCAGGAGUGGUUCCAGGUGCCGCAGGACGUGGUGAGCCCCAGGUACGACCCCGACAGUGGCCACGACAGCGGGGCAGAGGACACAACGGUGGAGGCGCCUCCUCCCUACGCCUUCCUGACCAUCGGCAUGGGCAAGAUCCUGCUGUCGCACGGCUCAGCCCUCACGUCCCGCGACCCCAACGGCUGCACCGUGCCCUUGCCCCCGCGCAUUGGCAUCUGCCUGGACUACGAGCAGGGCAAGGUGAGCUUCUAUGACGCCGUGUCCUUCCGCGAGCUCUGGGAGUGCGGCGUGGACUGCUCGGGGCCCGUCUGCCCCGCCUUCUGCUUCAUCGGAGGGGGGGCCCUGCACCUCCAGGAGCUGGUGGCCAACAAGCAGGAGAGGAAAGUGACCAUCGGGAACUUCGCCAAGCUGGACUGAGCCACGCCCGCGGUCCCCACAUGCCCCCCGGGCACCCUGCAAGCGCCAGGGGGACACGAGUGGCCAGGGAGCAGAGCAUAGCAGGGGCAGCCCCGGCCCUGCCGCCACUGGGGACAGGCCAGGUGUUUGUUUUGUGGGAUGGGGGGGACGGGGACAGCUUUGCCGUCCCCUCCUCACCCUGUCCGCCUGCCCCGAGCUCCAGCUCAGCCCCAGGCUGCUCUGGGCUGGGGCUGUGGGCAGGGCUGGCAGAGGGUCAGCCCUAGAGAUG